CCCACCAACCAUGUCCCUCCUCACGUCCAUCCUCGGCUUCAGCGCAUUCGGAUUCGGGGCUCGCUGCCUCCAGCUCGGCCUGCAAAAACGACCCAUCUUCGAAGCCUUCCACGGCCAUGCAUACGCCGCAAUCGGCUUCGGCGUGCUCGGUGCAGGAGCAUACCACGUGGACCAAAAACAGACGGCGCUGCUCGCAAAGAAGAAGAAGGCCAUGCUCGAGCAACGGGAGAUUGAGAACCGGGAAUGGGCUGCGCGCAAGGGGGAAGCGCAUGCCGUGUAGCAGUCUGGGAUGCAGUGUAUAUCAACUAGCUCCUGCGUUUUCGCACCUCGCAGCGCAGCUCCAACUCCAACUCGCAGCGCAACUCCAACUCAUAACUCACAACUCACACUCAUAGCUCAGCCAUGCCCAUUCUCCCCUCGCUCCUCCGCCCCGCCCCAGACCCGCUCCCCGCGCACCACUCCAGACCAGUCUCCAGUCGGACAGGACAUGCCCCGGCGAAGCCCCUUCAUUCUAUGGCCACCCCACCCGCCUGGAUCAAACGUCCGGUCGACUAUCUCAAAAGCCUCUUUGACAACCACGAGCGUGCCGCCAAGGGAAUCGCACUCUUCCCGCACCAGGCGAAACCCGAGCCAGAUCCCGAGAUCCUUUUCAUGAGAGAAGCAUGCCGGAAAGAACGUCUCGACUUACUCGGCCGACACAAGGACUAUACAGAAUUCGACCUCGACCUUUGCAUGGACACGCUCUCGCGGGAUACUAGCCAACAGCAGAUUAUACAGAAAGAAAUGGAAUCCAGGACGGGGAGAGUACGGCGCGAUGCAAGGUGGCCACAACGCGAGACGGUCAAACACGCGGGGAGCGAAAAGUGCAAACUGGGCGCAUUAUCGUCGAUAUGGAAUGAAGCAACCGACUUUUCAAGGACGACCGAAAUGGAAAACAAGGAAUUCAUCCGAGAUUGUGACAGGUGCGUGCAUGGGCUACGAUAUUCUAGCUACUUUCAGUCGCAAGUUCGCUGAAUGUUUGAUCCACAGCGGUGCCCAUGUAGCCGGAUUGACGAGACACUUUCAGGCCCCCCGUGAUCCAUCUACCGACCCAGGACUUGCCCGCGGCUCAAGGAAUACUUAUCCACCCAUCACACAUUUGUGUCCCCAAAGCAGAGCCCACCACGCCAUCAGCCAAGACAUUGACUUUCGUCCCAAGAAGAAACUCAAAACGAGGUAUGCGCCCAGCACGCUUUCCUCCCGAGAAAGACUGCAUGACCUCUUGAUAGAUGCCCAGAACGACUUGAAAAGGCACCAGGAAGAGCGGAAGCAAAUGGCAAAGAGCGGGACUCGUUUUCGUCCACGCCACACGACCUAGAACGAGGAUUUGAAACGUAGCCUAUCACAUUGUCCCUAAUUGUCAGUCUAUGAACAAAGCAGCAUUAUGCAUGUAUCUUGUUAUCGUCCCAUCAGGGAAUGUCUCUCUGCAGGUCACACAGUCUCUCAUCCAUC